GUUGCCAAAGUUGUGAGAGCAGAGUAAGUGUAGUGAGUGAGUGGGUGAGUGCACGGGCACGAGUAUUGUAGGAGAUUAUUGAGAAGAACAGGAGAAACGGGAACGACGCCGUUAUUAUCGGACUAACCCGACGAGUCAAGUGGAGAAAGCGUUUGAUACUGUCGACGGAGGAAGUUAGCAGGGGAUUCUACCGUCACCCGGGACUGUGUCUUCUCCCCGCCGUGGACUGUCUCGUUCCCGCAGUGAAGAAGGUCUGCUCAUGACGCAAUGCUAAAAAACAUCUCACUCUUGCGGUGAGCUGAGGUGUGUGGACAGUCAGAGGCAUCAUGGCAGAGCUGCCUAUUGCCCCGGGAGAAGUCUACAUCGAGGUGGAGUAUGACUAUGAAUACAAGUCCAGCAAAGACCGCCUCAUCACCAUCCGGCAGGGGGAUUGCUACAUGCUGAUCAAGAAAACCAACGAGGACUGGUGGCAGGUGAGGAAAGAUGAGGGGACUAAACCAUUUUAUGUGCCAGCUCAGUAUGUCCGGGAGGUCCGCAAAGCCCUAAUGCCACCACUUAAACCAUUCCCACAUCCUCCUGCUGCCACCAGCAAUGCACCUCCUCAAAGUGGAGGUUCACUCUGGGUAAAGCCAACUAGCCUGGAGCUGGGUCUCCAGGAUCGGCCUGCAGAGGACCUUCACAGACGUGAGUCCAACUCCCGCCGAUCUCCAUCCGCACAGACCAGCUCCUCUGGUCACUUUAGUCCCCCCACCCAACGCAGGGACAGUAACCACCGCCAUGCCCCCACAGACCACGACCGAGCUCUGCAUGACAUCCUUGUUCAGGGUGGAGGUCUCCCGCCCGCCCACAGAGGAGGGUCCAGCACUCUGCCCCGUGCCCGAGCUCGAUCCCCAGAAAUGGCAAGGGCCCCACUGGAUGUUGACAGCACCCAAAACUAUGACUCAGCAGAAGAGGAGAGGCCCACCAAUGACUCGGAAUCUGGAGACGAACUGAGCAGCUCUUCCACUGAACAUCUCCAGACAGUGUCUUCAUCAGGCCAUGGCCACGGUGACUCGCCCGUCUACACCAAUCUCAAGGAGCUGAAGAUCAGCCAGACACACAUGCCCCCUCUGCCCUCAGGCUCCCCCCUUCAGACUUUGGGUGACUGGGAGAGUUACAAGGACCAGAGUGGCAGGCACUUCUACUACAACCGCUCCACCCAAGAGAGGACCUGGAAGCCGCCUCGAGCCAGGGAGACCAGUAGCGGCAACUCCAGAGGAGAAAACCACAGUGCAGGAGAGAGCUCUGAGACUACUCCUCUCUCGCUCUCGCCUUCUUUCCUCCCCCUCCUUUCGCUGUCCAUCGGUCGACUUAAGCCUCUGUCAUCGGAGGACACCUGCUUCAGUACCUACUCUAGCCAGUCUGACAGUCAGUAUGGCUCGCCGCCGCGUGGUUGGUCGGAGGAGAUGGAUGAGCACGGCCACAGGCUGUUCGUCAGCGACCAUACUAACGAGAAGUGGUUAAAACAUGUUGAUGAACAGGGCCGACCUUAUUACUACAGCGCCGAUGGUUCCAGGUCAGAAUGGGAGCUGCCAAAGUACAAUAUCUCCCCUCCCCAGCCUUCUGGAGAUGCUCCAAAAACUCGCAGUCUGGACAGGAGACACUUGGAGCCCAUCGUCCUGACCAAGUGGAGACAUAGUUCUCACGUUGAAGAGCCAAACGACAAGCGGCUGUUAAAAACCAGACGUUUCCGCGCAGUCUCUGCCCGCCUACACCCGUACAAACACAAAGAUGCACCUCUGGGUCCCAUACCCUCCUCUCCUGACUCUGACUCCUGCCCUUCGUCUCCAAAGCCCCCUGACUCUCCAUCUGAAAAGUGUGGGGUUCUGAAUGUGACAAAAAUCACAGAGAAUGGCAAAAAAGUGCGAAAGAACUGGACCUCCUCCUGGACAGUUCUCCAAGGGUCCAUAAUGCUGUUUGCCAAAGGACAAGGAGGUGGAAGCAGCUGGUUUGGAGGAAACCAGUCCAAACCCGAGUUCACUGUGGAUCUGAAGGGCGGCUCAGUGGAAUGGGCCUCCAAGGACAAAUCCAGCAAGAAGCACGUAUUAGAGCUGAAGACUCGGCAGGGAACAGACUUGCUGAUCCAGUCAGAAAAUGAAAAUGUCAUCUCUGAGUGGUUCAGAGCGCUGCAGGACACGAUCAGCACCCACGCUUGUGAGUCUGAUGAGGCCAUCGAGGAGGACAUGCCCGAGUCUCCUGGUUCUGAGAAACAUGACAAGGAGAAAGAACAUAGAGACUCAAAGAAAGGCAGAGCAGCCAUGAAGACCUCCACCAGCAUGGACUCCUCCGACAACAAGAAGACCAGACACAAGCUGAAGAAGUUCCUCAUCCGCCGUCCGACACUACAGUCCGUCAGAGAUAAGGGAUACAUCAAAGAUCAGGUGUUUGGCUGCAGUUUGUCCAGUUUGUGUCAAAGGGAGAACAGCACAGUGCCACACUUUGUAAGGAUGUGCAUCGACCAUGUGGAGAACAGUGGUCUGCAUGUGGAUGGUCUGUACAGAGUCAGUGGAAAUCUGGCCGUCAUACAGAAACUACGAUAUGCUGUCAAUCACGAUGAGAAGGUGAGCCUGGAAGACGGGAAGUGGGAGGACAUCCAUGUGACCACAGGAGCGUUAAAGAUGUACUUCAGAGAGCUGCCAGAGCCGCUCUUCACCUACACUCUCUUCCAUGACUUUGUCAAUGCCAUCAAAAUAUCAGACUACAAGCAGCGGGUUCAGUCCAUCAAAAACUUGAUCAAACAACUGCCUAAGCCAAACCAUGACACCAUGCAGGUUCUCUUCAAACACAUGAGGAAGGUGAUCGAUCAUGGUGAAGAAAACCGUAUGAACACUCAAAGCAUGGCCAUCGUGUUCGGCCCGACACUGCUGCGGCCUGAGACGGAGACCUGGAACAUGGCCGUCCACAUGGUCUACCAGAACCAGAUAGUGGAGCUGACACUGCUGGAGUACGAGAGCUUUUUUGGCAGGUAGACGGAGGCAACAGAGGAUAAGCCUACGUGUUCUAUUUUCUCUCCAAUAACGCAGCAUGGCCCUGCUAAAAAAAAAACCACACACACACAGCCCGGUUCUGCUCAUUGUUGUCGACUUCAUCUUUAUCUCAAACCAACCUGUGGGCAGCGGCUUCUCCAAACACACAAUAUGUGGACCAAACUAGUGACCAAAACAUUUUUGACUCAUUGCACUUUUUCAGUUUCUCGUUUUCUUCUGUCGCUGCAUUUGUGUCGCCUCUGUACUGCAAAGGUGACGUCCUCCUGUCCUGACACUGGAUUUUAAAUAAAACACGGAACCAAACAGGCCUGGACCACUGCACAAACACGCUGAGAGCAAAGGAGCCUCAGCAGCCUCCAUCACACAGGAGGUGUCAGUAUUGGAGGUUUAUGAUGCUGAAUAUGACGUGUUUGUACUGUAUCUUUCCUGGGUAAAUGACAGCUUUGCUUUAGAGUUUAGACACUAAGCGAGAAAGACGUUAGAGGCGGAACAAGGAGAAGGGAUGUGGAUUAUUAUUUUACAAGAAAAUCUUUUUGUCUUUCAGUACUCAUUGUGUUCCCAUUUUUAUUUUCUGUUUGAUUUUAAAAGAUUUUUUUCUUCUCUUUCUCUCUGCAUCCAUCUCUGCCCCCUUUCUCUUCUUUCUCCCCUGAUAUACUGGACUAAUGCUCUUUUGAACACAUCAGGUUAAAGGGAUCAUUUAAAGGCGCUAACCCAGCAAGCUUGCUGACAUGGCUGCAAGCAGUGACGCUAAGAAGAAAAGAAAGACUUAUCAAAAGGCUGACCUAAUAAAAUCUAUGCCUGAUUUAGACUACGAUAUGUUUGUUUGAAAAAGAAUGCCACUUUAUCUUGACGUCAGACAGCCUUUUUUCCUGGAAUCUGAAUUUGAAUUUUAUUUUAUUUAACUGCUCACUCCCUGCACCAAAGUCCAUAGAGAGAAUGUGCAAUUUUACAUCACAGCACACAGGCGUUGCUGAUCCACUGCUGUUCAGAACGCUCCGAUAUCUUAUUUUGUGACUUCAGUAAGUGAAAUCCUUUGUUUGGAUUUACUUAAGAGACACAAACUUAGCUGAUAACAAGGCAGCAGUAGACUAACAACUCCUGAACACUAGCUUUCUAUUUGGAGAACGUGAGAGUGAACGGUUUACAAACUUCUCUUUCCAGUCAGAAAAGUCUGCCUGACCGUGAGAUAAAGCACUGUGCCUGCCUUAAACUGGUUCUUGGCACAGUUGGGUCUCUGUGUGACGGCACUGCAUACAACCACACUUCAACCAAACUUGAACUAUCCCUUUAACAGAACUCCGUAUUAUAUAUCUGCAUGCCACCUUCUCCUCUUGGCUUUUUAGAACAAAUCAUCUCACAGUGGUCAGAACAUAAACCUGAAAACCAACACUGGUACUCAGCUGUUGCUUUUCUCCUCAUGGAUACAAAGCAAACGGCCCUUGAACGUGUCUCCAUUGAUACAUUUGUACAGUGUAUAUGUUUGUGUGUGUGUGCAUGUGUGUCUGUGUGUGUGGGGGGAGGGGGGAGGUUGGAUGGAUGAAUGAAUUUACUGACAACAUGUUGUACAAAUAGUAAAUAUAAGUACAUUUGCCUGGAGUGUUAAGAAUAAGGUAAAGAGGGUGAAGUGACGUGAGGUGUGAAGUAAUGAACUGUGGAUGAGGUGGUUUACCUGUGAAUCAGGUAGAUGGAAGGUUGUGAAUGUAAGUUUGCAAAGUAAAUGCUGUCGGCUUUAUCAAACUGGAAUAAAGACCUUUAAUAGAG